CACUGUUUGUGGGAAUCAAUAGGAUUAUCGCCAGAAAGAAAUGCCGGUGAGAGUUGUGGAGAGCUCUGCACCUUCUCAGGUUUCUGGUGCAAAUUCUGAACAUACGUCACCCCAGGCUUGUACCCUUUUGAGUGUUGGACAGACCUUCUCUGGUACUCAGAAUGUUUCGGGUCUGCAAAAAGAUGAAGCAUGGAGGGUAAAUGUCUGUAUACAAGGACGCGACCUCGAACACGGUUAUCUUUGUGGUACCAUGGAAGCUCUUAACGUUCCCAUGGCAGAUACACCAGUAGUAACCUUUUGGGAAGGAGAAAUUGUUGAUACCAAGAAUUAUACUUUCUUCACUGGCAAAUGGGAAGCAACACCAGAGGAUGAUAUUAGGCACUGGACCAAGUUUACUUCCUUUAGUCCUUUAACGAGCCAAGUGAAAGCUGAUGGGGGAAAAUCUUUGGACCUGAGCAACUAUCCGUACAUAUUUAUGAUAAUUUAAUCUUGCAACCUUAUUUGUGGUAUGAAAGUUAAUUUAGCAUAGUCGUACAAAGUUGUCUUACUAAGAUCUAGUCAGAAGAUGGUAGGGUCGACCCGACCCGUUUGGUAUAUGAGUUCAAGAAAUAGUUUAAAUCAGGGUUUUUGAUUAUGAAUUUUAAAAUUUAAAUUUUUUAUG